AUGGCGGACUACUACUACGAGGCAAGGAAACAUGAUAAAUGGCUUCGGAAGCACGCCAAGGAAAACAAGGCUCGCAAGGAACGAAUGAAGCAAUUUCAACGGGCUCACAGCCGCGACCAUCACCAGUCGCUCAUCAUCGAGGGGAGACCUUGCAAGCUUUACAGAGACCCAGCGGCGGGAGCAGUCGUAGAAGGCGCCCUAAUGCCCUGGAACGGCCGGCGCGAUGUCCUGAUCGACAGGUUCGACGCCCGAGCCGUGCUGGACAUGGUCCCGCUGUCGCCGAAGGGUACUGGGGACCACCGCGAGAAGAAAGGUCUCGAGACCUUCCUUAGCUUCGAGCGGUACCGCGGCAUCGUGGACGCCCAGCGGGUGGGCUUGGGGGAGAAGGAGCAUGCGCUCGCCGUGUCGAAGCAGGUGGAGGAGAAGCUGUCGGACAUCGCGAGGUUUAAGAAGGGCGAGCCAGACGCGGCGGAACUCGCGGCGGCCAAGGAGGCCCAGGACAAGCGCAACAAGAAGGCUGAAACCAAGGCCGCCAUCAAGGAAGCCAAGAACGCCGGGGUGCACGGGCACUACGGCCCCGGGGCGGGGGGGGCUGCAGCGGGGGCGGCGGGAGGAGGGGUACCCCUACCCUCUCGAGGGCGAGGGGCGGAGGUGGCCCUCAAGUACGGGGGCGACGUGGUCGGCGGAAAGUCUGCAGGAGGGGGAGGGGGAGGGGGGGGGGGUGGAGAGGAGUCGCCGAAAGAGAAGGAGAAGGAGGAGCAGGACGAGGACGAGGCGCAGCUGGACCCGGAGAUUCUCGCGCUGAUCGAGAAGGAGGUCGGGGGCGCCGCAGGAGGAGGCGGCGGCGGCGCUGGAGGCAGCGAGGACGACAGCUCUGACGAGGAGUCCGACUUCACAGACGAUGGCGAGGACGAAGACGACGGGGGGGACGACGACUCAGACCACAAGAACGCGGAUGCUGCGCAAGCGCUUUCGGCGUCUCAGGACCUUUUCGCCGAGGACUACGGUAUCUCCGAGAAGCGCAGCGGCUACAGCUACUCCCGCCUACUGCGCUACGAGCGGCGUCACCGCGCCCAACACCGGGCCAACCGGAUGGCCGAGGUGGACGCGGCAAAGAAGCGCAAGAAGCCCAAGAAGAAGGCCGACGGCACCCCGGUGGAGGAGGAGAACGGCUUGUCGCGCCCGUACCUCGGCUCCUCCCUGCGCGACAGCCCCACGUACGAGGACUUCGGCGACCCGCUAGAGGCUCGGAGGCAGAAGCGGCGGGAGGAUCGGGAGCGGGCGGGGGGCUCCGCCAGAGACGCCGCGGGGAACGGGGCCGGCCGGGGGCGGCAGUACAUCUCCUCGUUCGAGAUCUCCGACAGCAAGGCUGGCGGCGGCAAGAGCGGUAGCGGUAGCGACGGGUCUCUGCUCGGUUCGGAGAGCGAGGGAGACGAGGGGGGCGGGAGCGGCGGAACUCACCUGGUUCUCCUUCAAAACUUCUUCCCCACACUGGCGGACACGUUGCGCAGACACCUAGAGAAGAAAGAGGAGCGCGAAAAGGAGCUGGAGGGGGAACGAGCGCGGGAGCGGGAGAGGGACAGGGAGCGGGAGAUCGAGCGGGCGCGGCGGCGCGCGGCGGCGAGGAGGAGGAGGUCGAGUUCCACCUCCAGUUUUCGGUUUUCGCCCAGCCGAAGGAGGUGGUCCCGGGAUCGCUCACGCCCAUGGAGAUGA